GGCACGCGACACAGAACGCCACACAGCAGUAGCACAAGCAGCUGUCCCAAAAAAAAAAAAAAAAAAAAACACCGAAAGCCAAAACUAAACCAAACUAAACCACAUUACAAGGCAGUCCAUUUGAAACCAUCAAGCUAGUAGGACACACAAGGAUCGUUAACGCAAUGGCUGCCUUGAGUUUCAGCCCACCGCCCAAGGAGGCCAAGGAAAACCCGCCCAAGGCCACCCUAAAACCCUUUGGCAAGAUAACCGUACACAAUGUCCUAAGUGAGAGUGGCGCCAAUGCGCUGCAACAGCAUAUUGCCAAUCAGAAUACGAUUAUACGCAAAAUUCGCGACUUUGGCAUGCUGGGCGCUGUGCAAAGUGCCGUGGCCAAUAGUGCCAGCACCACACCGAUUCCCAGCCAAAGGAAGCGACCGCUGGGCGAGUCCAAACAGAAUCAGCAAAAUCAACAGAAUCAGCAGCCCAGCAAAAGUUUGGCAGUGCCUGCAAAGCGAACCAAAGUCAGCAAGAAAUCGGUUGGGGAAAAGUCGGGCCCGAAAACACCAAAUAUACCGCCAAACGCUGGCAAAAGCAACCCAAGCGAAGCCAUUGUAGGCACUCCGGGUAGAAAGGGAUUGCCGCUGCCGCAGGCUGUGGCCCGUCGGAAUGCCCGGGAAAGGAAUCGCGUGAAGCAGGUCAACAAUGGGUUUGCCCUGCUGCGCGACAAGAUUCCCGAGGAGGUUUCCGAGGCAUUCGAGGCACAGGGCGCCGGACGCGGUGCCAGCAAGAAGCUGUCCAAGGUGGAGACCCUACGCAUGGCCGUGGAGUACAUCCGGAGUCUGGAGAAGCUGCUCGGUUUCGAUUUCCCGCCACUCAACAGCCAGGGUGGCAAUAGUUCGGGUUCCGGUGACGAUAGCUUCAUGUUCAUCAAGGACGAGUUCGAUGGACUGGACGAGCAUUUCGAUGAUUCCCUGAGCAACUAUGAAAUGGAGGAGCAGCAGCAGGCCAGCAUGACCAGUUUGCCCAGUUUACCCAGUUUGCCGAUUGAAAAUCCUAACCAGAAUCAGAAUCAACUUGCCACCGAUCUCCUGCCCAGUUUGACUACCCUGAAUGGGAUGCAGUACAUCAGGAUACCGGGCACUAGUACCUAUCAACUAUUAACGGCUGAGUUAUUGGGCGAUUUAAGUAGUCAGCAGGAAGAAACAGCUGCUGCUGCUGCUGCUGCUGCCCCAUCGCCCGUGCCACAAAAGGUGGCAAGUAGUAGUAGUCCCUGCUCCUCGCCAGUUUCACCUGUUGCCGCAAACGAGCUGCUCUUGCAGGCAUGUGCCGCCCAGCUGCAACAGCAACUGAUCAAACAGGAAUACUCCAACAGCAGCAGCAACAACAUCAACAUCAACAGCAGCAGCAACAUCAACAUCAACAGCAGCAGCAACACAUUGAGCUCACCGCAGCAACAGCAGGUCCAAAUCCUUGGAUCCUCGCCCAUUUUACCCGCUUUCUAUGACCAGGAACCCGUGAGCUUCUACGACAAUGUGGUGUUGCCCGGUUUCAAGAAGGAAUUCAGCGACAUCCUGCAGCAGGAGCAGCCCAACAGCAACAACAACAACAACACCGCCGGUGGCUGCCUAUCCGAUGAGAGCAUGAUCGAUGCCAUCGAUUGGUGGGAGGCGCACACGCCCAAAUCCGAUGGCACAUCCACCAAUCUGUCCAUGUAGCCAAAUCACUAAUCUAUCACAAGUCUCUAGAGUUUGCGAAAGCCCACAAAAUAAAGGUGUCUAAACAUUUUAAAGUCUACUUUUAGGCAGCAUUUUUAAGGGAUUUCAAAACUCUAGAGAUUUCAAUGGCACUUUACGCAUAACAAAAGUGUUUUUUGUGCGUCGGUGCCACAGAAAGCUCUAGAGUUUUUCAAAACCCCUUUAAAAUAUGUGGUCUAUUUUCUAUUAAAACCCUACCUUAACCCAUCUAACGGGUUGACUUUUUGAGAUUUCAAAACUCUAAAGAUUUUUAUGUAUAUUUUGCAGUUUUUUUUUUUUAAACCAAGCCUUGACUGAGUCAUUGUGUAAAUAGCUAAUAAAAAUAAAAAAAAAGGAAUCCAAGAACGAAAGCGAAUAUGAAAGUCAUCUAGUGAUAAAAAACCAAAUCGAAUCCGAUACUAAGACACAAACACACAAAAAUAGUUAACCUGAUAAAGAGCUAAAUGUUGAGCCAGUCCUAGUUUAUAAUCUCUUAACCACUUUAAUGUAUUUCUUUUUUUUUAAUGUGCUUACUUAAGUAACCAAUUUUUUUCAUAGAUUUAAUUUGUACGAAUGUUGUUUUGAUAAGCGAGAUAACUAUUGCCUCUGAAUAUAAAGCGAAAAUAUAUGAAAAUUUGUGAAAA